AUGUGCAACGAGCAAAUAUCUACAAAGGACCAGUUGUCGUUGAUGUUUCGAGAUGAGAGCACCAAGGUUAUCCAGAAGGCACACGCUCAGUGGGGGAUUUCAGACCUCCCGGAUUCCGCGGAUUCGCCUUCCAGCUCUUCGUCAUUUUCAUCUUCGUCUUCAUCGUCAACUCCCUCUCCCAAGAGCGUCGUCUCCAGUCGAAGCUACUUCUCCGAAAGGCCGCGGUUCAAGUUGUCAGCAGCACCCGAACACAGCCGUACAAGGCUACCAAAAGAGAUCUACGCCACUAAGGACGACCAGGCCAUCCAGUUUUACGUCGAGCAUUAUGUGGUGGGACAUCCGGACGAACCUACCGCGGCACAUGAGCUGCGGAUGGUGGAAUGGAUUCAUGCCCCUGAGUUUCGGGACAUGAUGGCAGCCGUAGGGUUGGCGAGUAUGUCCAACCUCACUGGCAACAAGGCAUUGGUUACCAUGGCGAGGCAAAAAUACGGCUUGGCACUUCAACAUACGGCAUCCUCGAUAGCAAACCCUCAGGCAAUGAACUUGGAUAUCUCUUUACGAACUGUCAUCAUGCUUGCGAUCUAUGAAGUAAUCCGAAACAAAGGUCGACCAACCGAGGCGCUCAACCCAUUCUACGUCGGCAACCUCGCCCUCCCACCUGCCUACAGCGGCUGGUUCGAUUUAUGCAACCGCCUCGCCGCACCCUCCGACAAACCCGCCGUCGAGAUCCUCGACAUCGCCACUCGCUUGCUCAAGCUAAAUGCCUACCUAAGCAACUACGCCCUCAUCGACGGACGGCCCAAAACCUCGCAAAUCAUCCGGAGCGCCCUCGCCAUCGACGCCGAGCUCGACGCCUGGGAACGCCAGCACAGCCAAGGAAGUGUCAGCUCCAUAUGGACCAUCCUCGAAGAGCGCUGCGCCCCCGGCUUCUUCCCUUCGGACGGCGUCUUCGAAGAUAGCUACCAUGUCUAUGCCGACCAUUGGGUCGCCCGCGGCUGGAACCACCAGCGCUGGCUGCGGCUGCUCACGUGUCGGCUGCUGAUCGAGUUUAGCGAUCGAUACCCGGUGAGCUGUGCGCAAGUGUUUUCCCCCGCCAACAUGGCGGCGGAACAGCAGAACAUCCUUGCCACCAUUCGGCGUGUUGCGCGCGACUUGUUGGUUUCCAUCCCGACGCAUUACCGACAUCCGAGGCUGGAAAGGCAGCAUCGAGAUUAUAUCGAUAUGACGAGUGGAGGGGCGGGAAUGGGCGUGGUGGGUUUGCCGAACUUGUUGUUCCAGAUUCAAGUGGCUGGGUCAGCACCGGGUGUGCCAAGGCAUUAUACGGUGUUUGCCCGAAAUAUGCUGGAGACUAUUUUUGCGGAUACUGGGAUGUUGCAGGCGAGAGGGUUGGCAGAGACGUUGGUGGUGGAUGGCGGUGUCGGAGGUAGCGGCAACAACAACAGCAACAACGAGGUCAAGCAAGAGAGGGCCGAUACGCCGCCGGAAGGGGUGUUAACGUCGAUAGAGUCUCUGCCUUCGUCGAGGAAAAAGGCGCCUAUUGUUGUGCCGCAACCACAGACGCAGCUCGCGGGAGGGCAGCAGCUGCUUUGGUAUCACGAGAGGCCGGAGGAGUCGUAUUCUUGA